CAGUGCUUGUGAGCAGCCCUUGCUGACAGGGACGCUUCUCCCUUAACCCCCUCAACGGCUCUCCGCGGAAGGACGCCCCCCAGCCGGGGCGGCGGGAACAGGGUCUUUUCCCUGCCAGUUUGACUUUCUACCAGCCAAAGACGAAGCGCCGCACGCUUUGCCCCGCUGGCCUCGGAGGAGUGAGGCUCCUGGCCCGAGAAGAGCCCCCGGGACCACCUGUGCUUCUGAAAGCUCGUCCUGCACGCCAGACAAGAAAACUGAUUCUCAGAAAUUUUAACAAUAUACAUAUCUAAUAAGUUGCAGAUUCAUUUCAUACUCCUCUGGCUUCAGAAAAACUAUAUUUUCCUACCUCUUUGCAUUUAUAAUUCUGGAAUUCUCAAACACUGAUUUCAAUUGCAAAAAAAACCUUUAUCCUAUAGAUGAAAGAUAAAAAGAAUAUAAACAAGCAUGGAAAGUGAAGACACUAAGAAAAUACAAGAAAUGAAGACGGACCUGAACUUACUGUUGGAAUGUCUGAAGUACCAAAUGGACAACCCUUUUCCACAAAAGGAAGCUUUGGUCACUAUUCAUUCAAUUUGCCAACAAAACAGUAAUGCAGGUAUUUAUUUUCGGGAAAUUGGUGGUCUGAUGUUUAUAAGAAAUCUUGCAAAGUCAAGUGAACACAGCAUGGUUAAAGAAGCAGCUUUAUAUACAUUAGGAGCUAUUAUAGAACAAAAUGUGUACUGUCAGCAGACUUUGUGUACUUCAGAAUUAUUUGAAGACUUAAUUGGAUUCUUAUCUAACAGUGAUUCAAGCACAAAUUUGAAAAGAAUGACUGUGUAUGUUAUUUUGGUUCUGGUUUCAAAUAACCGGACUGGACAGACUCUUGUGAGAGAAACAGGUUGCAUUACAGUCCUGUCACAGCUGUUCAGGACAGUUCUUUCAGAACAUGAAGUGAAUUUGUCAGAUAAAAAUGCUUUCCAGAAUUAUCAGUUGUGGUCUUCGGUGUGUAGUACUCUGUGUGUCUGUGUUAACAAUCCUCAGAAUGAUGAGAAUCAAAUAUUUUGCAGUUCACUUUUUCAACAUGCUAAUAACUGGUUAGAAAGUUGCAUGAUACCUGAGAUAAUUCGCCCUAUAUGCUCAUUUAUUGGACUCACUCUUGCAAAUAACACACAGGUUCAGAAAUACUUUGUGUCUGUGGGUGGACUGGAUAUAUUGUCUCAAGUCCUUGUGCAGCUGGAAUCUGACUCACACAGCACUGUGUCCAGUGCUAAGCUUGCUGUGGUGGUGACCAAGACAGUGGAUGCGUGUAUUGCUGAUAAUCCUGCUUUUGGGGUAGUUUUGUCCAAGUACUGCAUUGUUUCAAAACUACUGGCAUUACUGCUUCAUGAAAGUCUGGAUUCAGGAGAAAAAUUUAGCAUAAUACUUACUCUUGGUCACUGCACAGAGGAUUGUGAGGAAAAUCAGUAUGAUCUUUUUAAAAACAAUGGACUUCCACUCAUGAUACAAGCCUUAACUGACUCUCAGAAUGAGGAACUAAACAAAGCUGCCACUUUUGUGCUUCACAACUGUAAAAAAAUUACUGAGAAAUUAAGUCUAGGAGAAUAUUCUCUUGAUGAAAAUGAAGUAAAACAAUUAAAGGACAUAAAUAUGAAAGAGAAGAAUCAGAAUCUUGGAGACUUCUGGAAGAAAGCAAAGGAAAUUCUACACAGAAUAAAACAGCUUGAGAGAGAAGGAAAUGAGGAAAAAAUACAAGGAGAAACAUAUAAUGAUAAGAUUUCAUCUGUGAAUAUAAAUAUUCUUGAUACUUUGAAAUACCUCCAAGCAGAUGGUAUUGGUGGAGGUCCCAAAGCAGAAGAUAAGGAUAAAAGCCAGUCUGGAAAGCUGCAGAGUUGUCAGUCCCGUGGAGUCAUGCCUACAGCCUGUGAAGAUGAUGACCGAAUGAAGACACUGUUAAAGACAGCAAACCCAGUUAAUGCUUGUUAUAGGGAGAGUGGGAAAAAGAAGACUCUACAUGAAACCAAUUCAAACAGCAAUCAAAACUUACAUGAAGAAAUAACCAUUGAAAAAAGGGAUUUUCUUUCUCAUUCAAGUGACCCUGUUUUUAAACAUCCAACUCUCAUUGUCAAAAAUAGAAAGCAGCAGCUACCAGUAACAGAUCCAUUUACAUUAUGUUCAGAUAUAAUAAAUAAAGAAGUUAUCAGUUUUCUAGCAACUGACAGUUGUUCCAAACUGUUGAAGUAUAGAUGCUCAGGUUGCAUAGCAGUAGGAAAAUCCCUGAAUAGCCGAAAUUUUAGCAAGCUCUUGCACUCUUGCCCAUACCAAUGUGAUCGUCACAAAGUCAUUGUGGAAGCUGAAGACAGAUAUAAAAGUGAACUAAGGAAAUCAUUUAUUUGUAACAAAAAAAUUCUGCUGACCCCACGUAGAAGACAAUUCAGUAAAGAAUCUACUACUUCUGGAAGAAUAAAAAAAAGGAGAAUUCGUAAAAACUUUACUAAAGAAGAAGUAAAUUACCUUUUCAGUGGAGUUAAGAAAAUGGGAAAUCAUUGGAAUUCAAUUUUGUGGUCUUUCCCCUUUCAGCAAGGACGGAAGGCUGUGGACCUUGCUCACAAAUAUCACAAACUGAUCAAGCACUCCAAGUGUGUGGCUCCCUGAUUGGAAAAAAAACUUGUCAGUUUUUAGUUCGAACAUAGUUUAGCCUUGAAGAUAAAAAUUGGAAAUAUCCUAAACUUAUGAGACAGGGAAUGUAGAAUGGGGAAACUGUAAUUAAACUGUUUUUGUGAUGCUGUAAAUCAUCAAAUUAUUAAAAUUCAUAGAACAAAGCCAUUUUCAGUGUGUAGAUGAAUAAGCAAAAUUUCUUCAUAAAUUCAAACAUUUGCUUUAGGAUUAUGCUUUUAAUACUUUUAUGCUCAAAGAACAUAAGUCAGAGGAAGAAAUUAUCAGCCUUUAAACAUCCUUUAACAUAUUGCAGUGAAUACUAUGCAAGACAUUUGGACUUUAGUCUAAUUUUUACCCAGUGAAAGUUCCUUGCCAGAAUUUGGAAAGAAAAGUUUGCCAAGCU